UUUGUGGGGGCCGGGGCGAUGGGACUCGCCGGGUCCGAUCCUCUUGCUCCCCCCUUCCCGGCUCUGGAGUUGGGGCUGAGCGUCCUGUACACGCUGCUCUACGCCGGCCUCUUCCUCUUCACUUACCUGCAGCUUUGGCUGCUGUUCUACUACCGGGAGAAGCGGCUGAGUUACCGCACCGUGUGCCUCUUCCUUUGCCUGCUCUGGGCAGCGCUGCGCACCGUCCUCUUCUCUUUCUACCUGCAGACGUCCACCCGAGCCGUGGAGCUCCGGCUCCAGCCUUUCCCACACUGGUUGCUCUUCUGCUUCCCGGUCUGCCUGCUCUUCGCCACCAAUUGCCUCCUCAACCUCUACUUCGCCGAGGUUAUUUUCAAAGUCAAGUGCGCAGCUGAGUUCAACAAAUACAAGACUUUCUUGUACAUGGGGUCUGGAUUUAUCAGCCUCCUCUUCAUCUUUGUGAACCUAACAUGUGCAUUAUUGGCACAAGGUAAUCUUCCAGAGGAUCAGUUAAGCUGGACGGUUUUUGCCCGGGCCUUGAUCAAUGAUAGUCUCUUCAUUCUUUCGGCCAUUUUGUUAGCUUGCUGCAUGUGCAAACUUUCCAAAGUGUCUUCAGCCAAUGUUUACCUCGAGUCCAAGGGCACAUCCCUCUGCCAAGCUCUCCUUGUGGGUUCCAUUGUCAUCCUCUUACACUCUUCAAGAGCUUUUUAUAAUUUGGUGGCGGUAGUGAUCACUCCAGACCAUGCACCUAGUCCAUUCAACUAUGGUUGGGAUAACCUUUCAGAUAAGCUUCAAGGAAAAGAAGUUAAUGGUGAGGAGUACGUAGUCUUCGGUGUGGUGCUUUUUCUCUGGGAGUUUGUGCCAACCAUAUUUGUGGUACUCUUCUUCCGAGCACAGAGAUUGGCCCAGAAUUUGGCACCUGCUGGAAUGAUCAACAGUCACAGUUACAGUUCACGAGCCUAUUUCUUUGACAAUCCAAGAAGAUAUGACAGUGAUGACGAUCUCCCAAGGCUUGGUGGAGGAAGCUUGGCUACUCCUCAGAAUUCUGGGUGGUACGGCUCUCUGACAGGGAGCGACAGCUGCAUCAUGAUUCCACCUUUGGUUGCACCUUCAAUGGAUGUCGCUCCACUGCUGUUCAGUCAUGAAAGCUUGGAAUCCAGAAGUCAUCACAGUUCACAUCCAAAACCACCAAACUAAUCAUAGAGUAGCUUUGGGGGAAGGGUUUCUGUGAGGUGUGAAGAACCCUUUAGGACCAGUCUUUUCCUUACAAGCUGGUUAGAGCAAAAGAAAUCCUAAAAUCCUAGGAUUGAAAGGACAUUGCCCUGAAGGUGUUGUAUGAAUCUCAGGCCUAGAGGAAUUCCCAGUGACCUCCAGGUUUCCCCUAAUGCAUAUAGUAUUUUCCAUUGAUCUUCUAAUAUGGGAAUGGAACAAUAUUGGCUCAUAGCUCUGCACUUUGGACUGGAGACACCAAUUGUUGCUAUGUGGUACUGGAAAUAACAGAAGCCAAAGGAGAGCAUAUUCUGAAAGCAUUCUAUUUUAUUGGCCAACAGACCAUGACUGUUGUCCAGAUGGAUAUUUGCACUUUGAAUCAACCAUUUCCAAGGGAUAGUUCUCUUCCCUCCCAAACUCUCUUCUCCAAUGGCAUGAAAUGUCUGUGCCAGACAACACUUUUAAAUUGCACAUCUCUGGUUGGGAACCUUGUUCUGUCUUCCUAUGAUGACAAACAACUCUACAUAUUUAACAGUGGAAAACUUUUGAAAGUGGGGUGGGAUGAAGAAUCUCUUUUGCUUUUAAAUUCUUGGAGAGCAUUUUACAAGUAUGGCACAAGUGCCAGUCUCACAAGGCUAACAUAGCUUGCGUUUUCGUUUUGCUAUCAAUCAUUACUGAGAUUGCUAGAGCAAGCCCCAUUGUUGCAUGUGUUGUUAUAUUCCUUGCAGCCUCCUUGUGUUGUUUUGGCCUAUUUCUCGCAUUACAGUAAUACUUCAUUUUAAAUAACUAAUUUAUUUUAUACUGGAAAAGCAGCUUCAGAGUGGGUUCUAGAAAGAGUGGACCUUUGAGAAUUGCAGGCUUGUUUGGGGGUGAUGCAUAGCCAACUGGCACAGAUGUCCUUCACUGCUUUCACUGGCAACUGCUUUGAUGUUCCACAAUGGAAUGAAAGCAAGAUUGAUUUCUUUGCAACCACAGAGAUGUAAAUUGCUCCUAGAUUGCUUAACCACCACUCAAAAGCAUCAUUCUCUAAUACUGAGAAACAACUGUUUGGAACGUGAAGCAAAGUCAAUUUUUUUUUCUUCCACCUACCAAGGAAACAGUACUAGGCAAUGAGAUCACCAAGAGAUGAGGCAAGCAGGGGAAGACAAGGGCAACUGUAGCCAUGGAUGCAUCUCCUGAAAGAUUUGCAGUUAGAUCCAGUCCAGUAGAAAGUGUUAAUUAUAUCUACCUCCACUCAGAAGUGUGCGAUUCCUAUUUAUACUUCAGGCAGCAGAGGCUUCUAGAAGUAUUUUUUAGAUUUGCCGUUCUCAACUUGAUGACCUUUAGAUGCAUAGCAUCAACUUCCAGUAUCAUCUUGAUGCUUGGGAAUUAUGGGAGACAUAGCUCCUAAUGCACCUGGAACAUUUAAGGAUGAAGAAGCUUGGGAGAAUGUGGAAAACUGAAGUACCUCCAUUUUUUAACUGGAAUUAGGAUUACUGUAUAUCUUCUACUAGUGUUAAUGGCCAUAAUUUCACAAAUGGCAUCUGACAAAUGUAUUGUCUUGUAGCUCUGGGAUUAAUCUUUUCCUUACAACCAAUACAUACAUAGUUACAGCAAAAGAAAUCUGAAAGUCUUAGAAUUGAAAGGACCUUUUCCUGAAGGUGUUCAUGAAAUGAAUCCCAGCCUGGUAGAACUAUUGGUUACAUCCAGGUUUCUUAAAUACAUUUUUGGUGAAUCUGCAUACAGUGGGGCCAAAUGCAUUCUAUUCCCUUUUAUUGUGAAAAGAGUACGUGUGCCUACAUUGAAUAGAACUGUUGGAUCCCACACGCUCCUAGUUGAAAAGAAACUUAAAACACUAAUAUUACAGCAGGGACAAAUGAACCUAUGGCCUUCAGGAAGUGAAUUAACAACCCCUAGCAUCUCCAGCUGAUAUGGCCCACAAAGAUUACAAGGAGCUAUGACUUAUUAUCCUUAAAUGAAAGUGUGAGCCAGUUUGGUCUGGUGGUAAGGCAUCUGGUUAGAAACUAGGAGACAGUUCUAGUACCAUCUUAGGCACAAAACCAGCUGGGUGACUUUGGGCCAGCCCCUCCCUCUCAGACAUAGGAAGGAGGCAGCCGCAAUCCAUUUCUGAAAACCUUUCCAAAAAUGCAGGGUCUUGUACAGGGAGUGUAUGUAUGGGAGUCAAGACUGACUUGAAGAUAUCCCCCCCCAAAAUCUGGGAAAUAAUUUCUUGGACUAGGCAUUUCACUUCAAUAAGGAUUUUAAAACUGAAUUGAAGUCACCAAAGGGGUGGGGGGAUGAUUCCAAACAAAACUAGGUGGUUUUUGUUUCUAAUCAUUUCAACUUCUGUUACUUCUAACAUGUACUACAACUCACUCCUUGGCCAAAGAGUAGCUAUGGGAUAGACUGAAACCUUUUGAAGUUCUUGAAUUUCCAUAGCUGCUUUCUAAUCCAUACUAAUUCUCUGUAAAGAUGGCUGCACUGGCAAGCCUGUCAGUUCUUCAUCUUCCUCACUACAAGACACAUAAACA